CCAGAUAAUUAUUGAAAUACUCAAAACAUCAUUGGGUCAUCUCUUGGAAAGAUUAACUAGAAGCCAAUUGAGAAGAUGACUCUUGAAAUUGAAAUUGCAGUUGGAUCAGUGCAUGAUGUGCAUCGGAGAUGAAGAAAACUAGUUAAGCUUGUUGCCAAGUGCCAACCCUUUUUUUGCCACCAAUCGUCGAGAGUGUGAUACAAAGUCUCCUUUAUUUUAUUAUUAUCUUUAUAAAACAAAAGUAGUUUACUAUCCUCCCCACGUAAAAUAUUUUAUACGGUAUAAAGUGUUUUAAAAAAAUGUCCUACUGUUUACAUCAAAUAAUUAAAACAAACGGUGUAAAAUGUUAACUUCUCUACAUUUCGCACACAAGGUGUUUACUUUACAUCAUACCAAACGGGCCAUUAAUUAGAUGGAUUAGCUAAGCCAAACACUAAAGGUAAAAAUCACUAAUUUUCCCCCAUUCGCUAUCCUGCCGAACAAGUCGUGUUAUAACCAAUCUUAAUAGGCCACGUCAAAUGAGUGACCCGUAAUACCACGUGUCGCCAACUUAUUGGUGCACCUCAUCUAAGCUGCGCUCGAUUUUCAUCACUGAGUGUAACGUACCAACCGAAGAAGCAUUUCGGCAUUUUUACGGAGAUAAAUAGGCUCACGGUUUAUCACUCGUUCAGAGUAUCUGUGUGAUACAACAAUGGCUGCUCUGAGAAUGUUAAACCCUAGGCUUCUCCCUCUGGCCAUUCAGCUCUCUCUUCUUGUGGCUCUUGUCUCCGCCGAAGUUUUCUUCGAAGAGCGCUUUAAUGAUGACAAAUGGAGUGAACGAUGGGUUGUGUCUGACUGGAAAAAAGAUGACAACACGGCUGGAGUGUGGAAUCUCACAUCUGGUAAAUGGAAUGGAAACCCUACUGACAAAGGUAUUCAGACCAGUGAAGACUAUAGGUUUUAUGCAAUCUCAGCUGAGUUUCCUGAGUUUAGCAACAAGGACAAGACAUUAGUUUUCCAAUUUUCAGUCAAGCAUGAGCAAAAGCUUGACUGUGGUGGUGGGUACAUGAAGUUGCUCAGUGGCGAGAUUGAUCAAAAGAAAUUUGGUGGCGAUACCCCAUACAGUAUUAUGUUUGGGCCGGACAUCUGUGGCUAUAGCACAAAAAAAGUCCACGCUAUUCUUAAUUACAAAGGAACAAACCACUUGAUCAAGAAGGAUGUUGCAUGUGAGACUGACCAACUGACACAUGUAUAUACCUUCAUUCUUCGUCCUGAUGCUACCUAUAGUAUUCUCAUUGACAAUGUUGAAAAGCAAACUGGUAGCUUGUACAAGGAUUGGAAUCUUCUCCCACCAAAGAAAAUUAAAGAUCCAGAAGCUAAGAAACCUGAUGACUGGGAUGAAACUGAAUACAUAGAUGACCCUGAAGAUAAGAAACCAGAGGGGUAUGAUGACAUUCCCAAGGAGAUAGCCGAUGCUGAUGCUAAGAAGCCUGAAGACUGGGAUGAUGAGGAGGAUGGUGAGUGGACAGCCCCUACCAUUCCCAACCCUGAGUACAAGGGACCAUGGACGGCAAAAGAAAAUUAAGAACCCCAACUACAAGGGGAAAUGGAAGGCGCCUAUGAUUGACAACCCAGAAUUUAAAGACGACUCAGAAAUCUAUGUUUAUCCAUCUUUGAAGUAUGUGGGCAUUGAAUUGUGGCAGGUGAAAUCCGGAACCUUGUUUGACAAUGUGUUGGUAUGUGAUGAUCCUGAGUAUGCAAAGAAACUAGCUGAAGAGACAUGGGAAAAAAAUAAGGAUGCGGAGAAGGCUGCAUUUGAAGAGGCAGAAAAGAAGUCUGCUGAGGAGGACUCCAAGGAUGAUGAUCCAGUUGAUUCUGAUGUUGAGGAUGGAGAUGAUGGGACGGAUGAUGAUGAGGAUGUGAAGCCAGAUUCCAAUGAAGAUGAUGAUGUACAUGAUGAACUCUAAGCGCCUACAUUUGAGUUGAUUGGUACAGAACCACCUUAAGCGCCCGCCUGCUUCUAGUUGUCUUCAGCAUUUGCGCUUAAAAGUUUCUAUUACCACUUAGUUUUUUCCCUACUGUAGCUUCGGCAUUAGACCCUUCUGAGGCUCUGCAUGAAGACCAUAUGGCUUAUCAAUGCAUGUCUGUUAGAGUUCAUAGAAUUAUCUGAGUUAAAGGUUCUGGGAAUUUUUAUUUAGCUCAUUAUGGAAACCCAUUUUAUGCUUCAAACUGAAUUUGAUCAACAACGUAAUAGUAGCCUUUUCCUCUUCGGCUCCAAAG